GUGGGGAGCGGGGCCGGGCCCGAGCGGCGGAGCCAGGCCCGGAGCCGGGCCGGGAGCCCGAGGCCCCGCCAUGGAGUUCCCGGAGCACAGCCGGCAGCUGCUGCGGGGGCUGCGGGAGCAGCGGGCUCAGGGCUUCCUGUGCGACUGCACCGUGCUGGUGGGCAGCGCCCCGUUCCCGGCGCACCGCGCCGUGCUGGCGGCCUGCAGCGCCUUCUUCCACAUGUGCUACGCCGAGCGGCUGGACAAGGGCGAGCUGGUGCGGCUCAACAGCGAGAUCGUGACGCCGCCCGCCUUCGGGCUGCUGCUCGAGUUCAUGUACGAGGGGCGUCUGGCGCUGGCCGCCACGCCGCUGGAGGACGUGCUGGCGGCCGCCAGCUACCUGCACAUGAACGACGUGGUCAAGCUCUGCAAGAAGAAGCUGCAGGCCAGGGCCCCGGCCGAGGCCGACAGCACCAAGCGGGAGGAGGAGGAGGAGGAGGACGACGACCCCCCCGGCAGCCCCCCGCUGCCGCCCGCCGCCCUCCCGCAGCGCCCGGCCAGCCCCGGGGCGCCGCCGCCGCCGCUGCUCUCGGUGCCCCCGGGCUCGGUCGGCCAGGCCGGGGAGGAGCAGCGGGCCCUGGCGCCCCCCGAGCCGCCCGCGGCCUGCGUGGACGUGGCCGACACCACGCAGCCCGGCGUGGAGGGAGACUGGCCCCCCCGCGCGGCCCCCCCGGACCUUUCGCUCCCCAGCCCCAGCAGCUCGACGGAGGCCGCCCCGCGGCCCGCUUUCCCCGGGGCCGAGCUGCCGGCCCCGGGGGAGCUUUGCGCAGGGCCCUGGGCGCCCGCCGCUCCCGUGGGGCUGUUGCCCGCCGCCGUCAAGGCGGAGGCCAUCGUCAUCUCCGACGAGGAGCCCGAGGCGGGUGCCCGCCGCCCUGGAGGCCUCUUCCCGGGGCCGGCGCGGGGUCCCCGGGGGGCGGCGGCGGCGGCCUUCGGGGAGGCGGCAGGGGAGCCGCUGGCCUUCGGGCUGCCGGCGCUGCGGGAGCCGCUGUUCCUGCCGCCGCUGGAGGGGCGCGGGGGCUUCGGGCUGUUCGCCGAGGAGGCGCCGACGUGCCCGACGUGUGGGAAGACCUUCUCGUGCUCCUACACGCUGCGCCGCCACGCCACAGUGCACACGCGGGAGCGCCCCUACGAGUGCCGCCACUGCCUGCGCAGCUACACGCAGUCCGGGGACCUCUACCGGCACAUCCGCAAGGCGCACAGCCACGGGCCGCCCGCGCACCGGGGCCGCACCGACAGCGACCACGGCAACCCGCCGUAGCGGGACCAGGCUGGCGAGCGGGCGGGCGCUAGGACCCGGGGGAGGCCCGCGGCCGCCAGGGCGGGGCCGGAGCGGCGGGUGGGCGGAGCCUGCGCUGGGGUGGGCGGGGCCGGACGGCGAGGGGCGGAGCGGGUGUACGGAGGUCACGUGGGCUGUAAUAAAGCGCGGCUCGUAACGGGCGGUGGGUUGUGCCUAGGGGGGCGGGGCUUGGAGCCACGCCCACGUCGUCCUCCCAUUGGCUGCCAUCAGUGUGGGUGCUCGGCUGCCCUCACGGGCCAGGUCUGCGCAUGCGCGGAGAGUCAGC